CACGUUAACAUCAUUGUAACUUCACAACAAAGUCAGAAGAACACAUAACACGACCACCACCAAAUUGUAUUCCAACAAAGUUUAUAAACAAAACAAUAUAGAAUUACAUUAAAACAUUUGGUGGGUUAUCAUUUUCAUAGUAUAUAUACGCAAUAUGAAUAUAAGUAAUGUAAAAGGAAAGGCUUGGUAGAAAAUGAGAGAUAGAAUGGAGAGACUUGUGGUGCUUCCUUUCUCCGUCGGAUGUAUCUCCGACUCAAGCGUCGACGUUUUAUCUCCUCUCUCUAAGCAUCACCACCAUUCUCCUCAAGGGAUUCGUGACCAAGAGGAGGAAGAAAACAUGAAGAAUGUAUUCAAGUUCCUAGCGGUAUCUAAACCGGAGAUAUCUACGGCUUACAAAGAAGAAGAAGAGAGUGAAGAAGGAGAGACAUCAGGACUAAUGGAGAUAGGAGCACCGACAAACGUAAAACAUGUAUCGCACAUUGGUUGGGAAAGCAGUAGAGAAUGGAAAGAUCUCAUACCGCCGGAGUUGCUCGCAGCCGCCGCUGCAAAAGAAGAUGCCGCCGCCGGAGUUGCUCAUCUUCAACCAACUUUAUAAUUCACUUCCUCUAUUUAAAUUUAUUUUAUGUUUUGUACACGAAUCUAGACAUACUUUGAUACAUAUGGCCAAUAUGGGGGAUAUCUGAUCUAUAAAUAUAAUGUAUGAUAUGCCGUAUAUAUAUUGGAGUGUAUAGUGGUUAUAUAUAAUAUCUAAAUGUGUUUGUAUGUAAAUAGUAAGAAAUGGAUAUGAUAUAUAUGCGCAAACUGUUAUAAAAUAAUUUUAAUGUUUUAGAAUA